GGGCGGGGCGGCCGCGGGCGGCGGCCGGAGCCGGAAGCGGAAGCGGCUCUCGGAGCGGGCGGCGGGGCCUAGCCGCGGCCGGAGCCUGGGAGACGAUGCAUCACUGUAAGCGAUACCGCUCCCCUGAGCCAGACCCAUACCUGAGCUACCGAUGGAAGAGGAGGAGGUCAUACAGUCGGGAGCAUGAAGGGAGACUGCGAUACCCGUCUCGAAGGGAGCCUCCACCCCGGAGAUCUCGGUCCAGAAGCCACGACCGCCUACCCUACCAGAGGAGAUACCGGGAACGCCGUGACAGUGACACAUACCGGUGUGAAGAGCGGAGCCCUUCCUUUGGAGAGGACUGCUACGGAUCUUCGCGUUCCCACCAUCGGCGGCGGUCACGGGAGAGGGAGCCAUACCGGACCCGCAAGCACGCCCACCACUGCCACAAACGCCGCACCAGGUCAUGUAGCAGCGCCUCCUCGAGAAGCCAACAGAGCAGUAAGCGCAGCAGCCGGAGUGUGGAAGAUGACAAGGAGGGCCACCUGGUGUGCCGGAUCGGCGAUUGGCUCCAAGAGCGAUAUGAGAUCGUGGGCAACCUGGGUGAAGGCACCUUUGGCAAGGUGGUGGAGUGCUUGGACCAUGCCAGAGGGAAGUCUCAGGUGGCCCUGAAGAUCAUCCGCAACGUCGGCAAAUACCGAGAGGCUGCCCGGCUAGAAAUCAAUGUUCUCAAAAAAAUCAAGGAGAAAGACAAAGAAAACAAGUUCCUGUGCGUCUUGAUGUCUGACUGGUUUAACUUCCACGGCCACAUGUGCAUCGCCUUCGAGCUCCUGGGCAAGAACACCUUUGAAUUCCUGAAGGAGAAUAACUUCCAGCCUUACCCGCUUCCACACGUCCGGCACAUGGCCUACCAGCUCUGCCACGCCCUUAGAUUUCUACAUGAGAACCAACUGACACACACAGACUUGAAGCCAGAAAACAUCCUGUUUGUGAAUUCUGAGUUUGAAACCCUCUACAAUGAGCACAAGAGCUGCGAAGAGAAGUCGGUGAAGAACACCAGCAUCCGAGUGGCCGACUUCGGCAGUGCGACCUUUGACCAUGAGCAUCACACGACCAUCGUUGCCACCCGCCACUACCGCCCGCCCGAGGUGAUCCUGGAGCUGGGUUGGGCGCAGCCCUGUGACGUUUGGAGCAUCGGCUGCAUUCUCUUCGAGUACUACCGGGGCUUCACACUCUUUCAGACUCACGAAAACCGAGAGCAUUUGGUGAUGAUGGAGAAGAUCUUAGGACCCAUCCCAUCACACAUGAUCCACCGGACCAGGAAGCAGAAGUAUUUCUACAAAGGGGGCCUGGUUUGGGAUGAGAACAGCUCUGAUGGCCGGUAUGUGAAGGAGAACUGCAAACCUCUGAAGAGUUACAUGCUCCAAGACACCCUGGAGCACGUGCAGCUGUUUGACCUGAUGAGGAGGAUGUUAGAAUUUGACCCCGCUCAGCGCAUCACAUUGGCGGAGGCCCUGCUGCACCCCUUCUUUGCCGGCCUGACCCCAGAGGAGCGGUCCUUACACAGCAGCCGGAACCCAAGCAGAUGACAGGUGCAGGCCCCACAUGAGGAGAUGGAAAGCAGGACUGGGCUGCCCGGCCCCUUUCUCCCACCUCUACCACCGGGGCCCAGGGCCAGAGCCACCAAUGAACAGUGCAAUGUGAAGGCAGGUAGAAGCCUGCAGGAGACUCAAUGCCCAGCUGCCAGAAAGCACAGAUUUGACCCACGCUAUUUAUAUGUUGUAAAGUUAUAAUAAAGUGUUUCUUACUGUUUGUAACCCCUGGUACCGGUGU